GAUUUGCAAAUUUGGCCCCAAAAAGCGGCUUGCCGGUUCGCAUGCAUUGUCAGCAUCUAGCUGAGUGACCACUGCGACCGUACGCUGCGCUGGAAAGCGUUCUGCGGCAAUACUCAGCGAGUGCUCUCUCAAACUAAGGAGCAUGGUUGAUGCCGUGAAGCUGCUGCGGCAAGCGCGCCGUCGGAGUUCUGCGGCAGCGACUCCGUCACCAGUCACGCCAUCGAUGCGACCAAUAGAGUCGCCAACGCUCUGGCUGCGGCCAUUCCCGCUGGACGGUGGCGACGAGCUGCGCAUCUGGGAGGACCCGCGCGGCACGCUCGCCGGCGGCAACGGUGCCACAUGCUGGGACUCUGCGCUGGCGUUCGCCGAAGCGGUCUGCAGCCGCGGCGACGACUCGCUCGCCGCCACGACCGACUGGCGCGGCCUCCGCGUGCUGGAGCUGGGCAGCGGCUGCGGGCUCGUCGCACUCGCGCUCGCGUGUCGAGGCGCGCACGUCGUCGCCACGGAGCGCGCCAUCGCGCUGCCCCUGCUCGCAAAGAAUGUAGAGGCGAACGCGGCGAUUGUCAAAAAGAGUGGGGGGACGAUCGAGUCGGCGGCGUUAGAUUGGACCGCGCCCGAUCCCCGAGUGCUCGGUCGCGGGUACGACGCGAUCGUCGGCGCGGACCUGUGCUUCGCGGCGAACGCGGAAGGCGCCGCCGCGCUGGCGCGGGUCGUCGGCGACGUCCUGGGGCGCGGCACGCCGUUCGGAAUUCUGGCGCAGGAGAUCCGCGAAAGGGACGAGACGCCCGCAACGUUCCUCGCGGACUUGCGGCGAGGCGGCAUGCGGACGCACGAGCGAGCCGUAAAUGGCGCGUCCGACGUCCUCUACUACGAAUUAUUGCCUCGCCCGUCGCUGCCGCACGAGGCGCUCCCGGCGGUCCUGCCCUUCUUGCCGGCCGAGGCGUUGGCGGCGUGUAGUGCGGUCGCGAAGGAGUGGGUCGCGCCCGACGCGCUCUGGAAGGACCGGGUCACCCGCGAGUUUGGGUGUGUAGUGGCUAGCGGGCCCUGGCGGCGACGCUACCUCGACUUGCGGGAGAGCCAGCUGCUCGAGGAGGCGGGGACUUAUGCGGGCUUGUGCUAAG